UCAAGUCGAGUAGAUGUACCUACCUAUUUGAUGUUUCUUAACUUAAUAAAGUAUUCAUUUUCGGUUUUUAGUAGGUACCUAUUAGGGUAUUAAGGGUCAGAAUAGAUAUAGGUAUCACACUAAUUACUAUAUCAUACAUACAAACAUAAAUACACACAUGCAUCAAUACAUCAUACAUAUCGCCUACAUACAUAAGAGAAGUGAAACGAAACAAAAUUAAAUGUGACGAAGUCUCAAUCAAACUGGACACUUCUGACCAAACGUAACAUCACUCAUAAGUCAUAGCGUAAGUAUACUUGAGGUUAUAUAUUAUAUUAUUGACAUUUGCUAUAUAUCGUUACAUAUUAUAUUAUAACCUGCAGGUAUAAUAAGGGCAUGAAUACACAAACAUCUAUUAUUGGAGCUGUUUAUUAUAGAUCUCUCAAACGUCGUCCGUCACAAUAAUAAAUGGUAAUAAAUAAUAAUAAAAUGUCGACUUAUUGGCCGAUCACAUUGUUUUGGAAGGCUUUCGGUGUGUUUCCGGCAAGCGUGCAGGGUGGCCGCCGGAACAGUAACACGUCACUGCCGAUACUGUCCACCGUGCUGCUGUUGGCAUCAAGCUUGUACGCGCUGUUCGCGGGUACGGUGGUCGUGUGCCGGAUCGGCGAAAAAUGCACCAGCGAGGCGAUCAGGAUCCUGAAACAGAUCUACCCGGGCAUAGCGAACGUGACGUCGAUGCUGUCGAGGAUCGCUCUAUCGUACUCGGUUAUGGUGGGAUUCGACAAGUACGCGGAGACGAUGGAGUGCUACGAAACGUACUCGCCGACGACGGUGGCCGAGGCCAACCGGUACAAGAUGUUCACGGCCACGGCUGUGUGCGCAUGCUUGCUGCUGGUCAUACCGGUCAACGCGAUGCGGUUAUGGAUUCUGUGGACGAACAACGCUGACCCUACGCUGGCCAUCAUCCAUUUCACGUUCAUCUACGUCCAGAACUUGACCAUGUGCUGUUCGGAGACGCAAUUCGCUGAACAGUGUUUCGUGUUGUACGACAAACUGAAGACUGUCAACGACGACGUCGCCGUGCUGGGCGGACCCGCAGGAUUGGCACGUUUUUCGAGACACUUCCGCGCGACCGCUGCAGCAAUACCCGAAGCGCCCAGCACUGCAGCUGCACUCGUGCCACCCGGUGCUGCGGACGGCGCAGCUGCAGCGGUCGCGGUCCGUGCGGCGCAGGACCCGUUGGACAGCGUUGUGGCGGCGGCCGUCACAGUCGAGACGCUGCGGAUCAGACACUGGCUGCUGCGAGAAGCCAUCAGCUGUCUGAACCGUCUGUUCGGUGUGCAGCUGGGCAUGUCGGUGUGCGCGCUGGGCGUGAUGUCAUUCUUUGACAUAUAUUACGAGACGUUUCACGUGAUGGGUGUAUACACCAUGUCUGACCUCGUCAUAUACUCCUGGAUGCUGCACUACGCAGUGCGAUACGUGGGCAUCAUCCUGAUGUCACAUUACACCACGAAGGAGGCUCUUUAUACAAAGACACUUAUAGCAAACUUAAAAAGUAAUUGCUUGGACUGUAGAAUAAAUCAAGAGCUUCAUUUGUUUUUGGACCAACUUUCUCAUAGUUCCGUCGAAUUCACAGCAUGCGAUAUAUUUACAUUAAAUAUUCGUCUCAUUAUUUCAACUUUUGCUGCGGGUUUGACUUAUCUUGUCAUCUUGAUACAAUACCAGACAAACAUGAAAGUAUGAAAAGUGUCACUGUCACAUACAGAUACAUACAGAUGAAAACUAUCAACUUUGUGUGAAAUAUUACGUUAUUUUAUAAGUAAUUUUUUACAUUUAAGCUUAUGCUGUAGCUGUAUUAUACUAUUAUGUCGGUAAAUA